AUGUCAACCAAACAUACAACAACAACAACAUCCACUGAUAAUUUCGAUGAACAAUUGAUUGGUCCAUUUGCUAUUGUACCAAAAACAGAUUGUCAUCAUUUAGCUGAUCGUAUGUAUACACUACCUCAAUCAGCUCGUCGUGUCAAUGGUCGGCAACCACCAUGUACCGAUUGUGGUGAGACGAAAGAGAAUUGGGUUUGUUUAGAAGAAAAUUGUCAACAAAUUGGUUGUUCUCGUUAUCAACAAAAACAUAUGUUAGCACAUCACGAGAGUACUGGACAUGGUAUAUGUUUGAGUUUGUCCGAUAAUUCAUUUUAUUGUUAUGCUUGUGAAUCGUACAUUGACAGCCCGAAAUUAGCUCAAAUCAAUCAACAAUUAAUUGAUAUGCAGUAG